CUCUGUCUCACACCUAAACGACCUUUUCUUCCUAUCCCUCUAUCCACCAUCAAUCAUGCCCGUCGCCGAAGGUGGUACCCGCUUGCGCCAGCUCCUUGAGGACCCAAACCAUCUCAUCGUCUGUCCUGGAGUGUAUGAUGGCUUGUCUGCUCGUAUCGCUAUCUCUAUGGGCUUCGAGGCUGUCUACAUGACUGGCGCUGGCACGUCUCUCUCCCGCCUUGGUAUGGCUGAUCUCGCCAUCGCAACAUUCAAUGACAUGCACGCGAACGCGAACAUGAUCGCCGGUCUCGACCGCACUAUUCCUCUCGUCGCUGAUGCCGAUACUGGUUAUGGUGGCCCGAUCAUGAACUCUCGCACGGCCGAAGCCUACGCUCGCUCCGGUGUCGCAGCCAUGCACAUCGAGGAUCAAGCUCAGGAAAAGCGAUGCGGUCAUCUCGCCGGCAAACUCAUCGUCCCCACGGAAGUUUGGCUCUCCCGCAUCCGCGCCGCCGUCAACGCGCGCAACCGCAUCGGCUCCGACAUGCUCAUCAUCGCUCGUACCGACGCUCGUCAGGGUCACGGGUACGAAGAGGCCGUCAGGCGACUCGAGAAGGCCGUGGAUGUCGGUGCUGAUAUUGUUCUCUUGGAGGGCAUAUUGACGAAGGAUGAGGGUAGGGACCUCUGCGCGCUGAUGAAGACGAAGGGUAACAGGCCCGGCGGCGUUCCGUGCUUGUUGAACAUGGUCGCUGGCGGCGUCUCGCCACAGAUUACGGUGGAGGAGGCGCAGGAGAUGGGAUACAGGAUCAUGAUCUUCUCGACGUUGGCGUUUGAGGGCGCGAUCAAGGGCAUCAAAAACGCCUUCGCGGACUUCCAGAGGACCGGUGUUCAGACUUUGUCGAAGGGGGCUGGUGUGCGAGAGGCGUUUAAGCUCGCGGGUUUGGAUGAGCUGAUGAGGAUUGACGAUGAGGCUGGAGGUAUGAGCUUGAAGGCGGCAUGAUGGCCUUUGACCUGCGGUUUUGUUUUAUGAUUAUUAGAUGAUAUUUUCUUAUGUUCAUUUUUUCUCGGGUCCUUCUGUUCGUUUCUUUGUGUUGUAUGGGUUGCUCUUGUCGUUCCUCUCUUGAUUUUCCAGUGUUGUAUUUCGGACGUUUUCAAUUCCUCUGGAGUCAGUCUUCGGUUCUCCUCUUUGACCGAUUCUUAGACGGUUGUUGAUCACACACGCUCCGAGUCAUCAAUAUUCCUAUCACAUUUUGUUACUUUUCUGCAUAACAGGGUCUAUU